CCGUUCCCGCCGCCAUCUCCUGCGAAACACAUAAGGGCGGUGCUCGCCCGGCGGCACGGUUCGGUGAAGCCUAACGAGGCCACCAUACCGGAAGGUAGCGAGGCCGAUGAGGUGGUUGCGCUGGAUAAGAAUUUCGGGUUUUCGAAGCAUUUUGGAAACAAAUUUGAGGUUGGAAGUGAAGUUGGGAGAGGGCAUUUUGGGUACACCUGUGCUGCCAAGUUCAAAAAAGGGGAACUGAAGGGGCAGCAGGUGGCAGUGAAAGUCAUCCCCAAAGCUAAGGAAAUCAAUGGAUCCUCAUGAGAAGAUCAAGUAUCAGAAUAUACAUAUUUACACAUGAGAAGAUCCAUGACAAUUCUCAGUGGAUAAUUCGUUGGGAAUGUUAAUCAGUGUAGUUGUAGAGUUAAUGACAUGUGUUAUGCUUGCCAAUGGUGGUGAUCAUGCAUUUCUCCAUUUCCGUUAACAUAUGAAGUUUCUAUCCGCGACGACUGAUGUAUAAGUUUAUCCUGUCUAAAAUCUCUAAACGUGGCACAAUGUUGAGGCGGACAUUAUGGGAUGUUCAAAUUAUCCAACAGUAAUGCUGUGAUAUGACUACUGCCAUUGCAAUUGAGGAUGUCAGAAGAGAAGUAAAAAUAUUGAGAGCUCUAACUGGGCACAAGAAUCUUGUACAGUUCUACGAUGCAUAUGAAGACCAUGAUAAUGUCUAUAUAGUAAUGGAAUUGUGUGAAGGAGGGGAGCUGUUAGACAGAAUCCUAUCAAGGGGUGGAAAAUACACUGAGGAAGAUGCAAAGGCUGUCUUGAGACAAAUAUUAAAUGUUGUUGCGUUUUGCCAUCUGCAGGGUGUUGUACAUCGUGAUCUUAAACCUGAGAACUUUUUGUUCACAUCUAAGGAUGACAACUCGGAGCUAAAGGCCAUAGACUUUGGGUUGUCAGAUUUUGUUAAACCAGAUGAAAGGCUUAAUGAUAUUGUUGGUAGUGCGUAUUAUGUGGCUCCUGAAGUUCUACAUAGAGCUUACAGUACCGAGGCUGAUAUCUGGAGUAUUGGAGUCAUUGCAUAUAUUUUAUUAUGUGGCAGCCGUCCCUUUUGGGCCCGAACUGAAUCUGGUAUCUUUCGUGCUGUAUUGAAAGCUGAUCCAAGUUUUGAUGAACCUCCUUGGCCUUCUCUGUCAGCUGAGGCAAGGAAUUUUGUUAAGCGACUAUUAAAUAAAGAUCCACGGAAAAGAAUGACUGCAGCACAAGCAUUGAGUCAUCCAUGGAUUAAAAGCAACAAGGAUGUAAAAGUACCCCUGGAUAUUCUAAUAUUCAAGCUCAUGAAAGCAUAUAUGCGUUCCUCAUCUCUACGAAAAGCAGCUUUAAGGGCACUGUCCAAGACGUUAACUGUAGACGAGCUAUUUUAUUUAAAGGAGCAGUUUACACUUUUGGAGCCAAACAAAAAUGGAACCAUUAGCCUGGAGAACAUCAAAGCGGCCUUGGUGAAAAAUGCAACAGAUGCUAUGAAGGAGUCACGCAUUCCUGACUUCCUUGGAUCACUUAAUGCAUUGCAAUAUAGGAGGAUGGAUUUUGAUGAGUUUUGUGCAGCUACACUUAGUGUUCAUCAACUUGAAGCACUUGACCGGUGGGAGCAACAUGCACGGUGUGCCUAUGAACUUUUUGAAAAGGAUGGAAACAGGGCUAUAGUCAUUGAAGAGCUAGCUUCGGAGCUUGGCCUUGGCCCAUCUGUCCCUGUUCAUGCUGUUCUUCAUGAUUGGAUUCGGCACACUGAUGGUAAGUUAAGCUUCCUUGGAUUUGUGAAAUUGCUGCAUGGCCCAUCUCGAAGUCUUGUAAAAGCUCAGUAGAAACAUCGAAACACCUGAAUCUCCACGGAAUAUCGAACGCUGCUGUCAACUAAAGUGAUUGAUCUGGCUAAUUAAAUACUAAUUGAUAUCACGUUCAUACCCCUAUCAAGGGAUUGCGUGUUACAUUAUGGCUCGGCAUAUAUCAUUAGUGUCUCGGGUUAUUUAAUUAACACUUGGAGCAGGGUUGAAGGUGCUCCUAUAGCAUUUGUAUUUCCCACUGUAAAGGUGUAGUGUGUUAAGUUGCAGGUGAGAAAUAUUACUGAUUGUUAUUAGAAUGUCACAAUAUAUUGUUGUACGUUGUAACAAGGACUAAGAUUCACAAUGAAGUGUAUAAGCUACACUUACUAGGUAACAUUUUGCGUCGGCAGUUGGAGUUU